GCAGAAGGAGAUCUACGACGAAAGCCCACAGUAUGGAUCGACGACUAGGCAACGGCAGACCGGCAGGCACAACCUCCGGAGCGAGCAAUCGCCAACACAGUGCGGGUUCUGUGGCGAAGCGGCCGUACGACCCGAGGUUGUAUGCAGGCCUGCCUUCUCACGAGAUUCCUCUGCCGCUGUCGGAUGACGAGGGGGGAGACGCAAGGUCGUCGACUUUGCCGUUGGGAAGUGGGUCUACGCAGGAAUGGGCGGCGACGGAGUCGUGCAGAGGCGGGCGGGUGGAGACCCCGUGGACUUACACGUCGCUGCUCAACGAGGGGKUGUGCGACGACGACGACAAUGCAGCGGUUGAUCUGAGCUUCCAGUUGUCCAGCAGCAGCGGAGCAGCGGCAACGCACACUCGGAUCAUCAAUCCCCACCCGGGUGUGGAUUGCGCGGACAACACGCAUGGCGGUGUGUGCGGGCCGCGAGACGGUGGUCUCCCUCAAUCGCUUCGUGAAGGUGGCGGUAAACGGAACGAGUCCACGUCGUCCAUCGGCGGAGGAGUCGGUGCGCGUGAACGUCCAGAGUGGAUGCGGUUGUCACCUUCGUUGCGGAGCGGAUCCGGCGCUCCUUGUGCACGGCAGUGGCCAGAGGUCUUGCAUCAGGAAGGUGCGGACGUACAGCGCGACGGCAGGCAGCUGUGUGUAGAGUGCAGGCAGGCCUUGCAUCAACGUGGAACGGAGACAAUCACAAGAGGGGUGCAACGGCUCCACGUGGACGAAGGGGACGAAGCUGCUGCUGGGGAGGCCCGGGGGUGUGACGACGUUGACUGUGAUGACGAUUGCAACUCCGACGAUUUGCCAGACAUAAGGCCGCUGGGGAGGAAAGCGACGAAGGGCGGAGCGACUGCGAGGCAGGUUCCCGCUGCAAAGAGUCGACGGAAUAAGAAAAUGGAUGACGACACGGGCCGGAGUGAUGGCGAGGGCGGCCGGAAUUUCUGGUCGGUGGGAGACACGAUCGCACUCGUCAGGGCAAGAAGGGACCAAGAUCUGUAUAUCGCCGGCAUGGGCACUAGUUUCGCCCGCAUGAAAACGAGGGAGUGGAAGUGGGAGGACGUGCGGGCGAGGUUGCAGUCGAUGGGCGUGACGAGGGAUGCCGUCGACUGCGGGAAGAAAUGGGACAACUUGAUGCAGCAAUUCAAGAAGGUCCACAAGUUCCAGAACCUCUCCGACGGGAAAGACUACUUCAAGCUUGCAUCGAAGGAGAGGCGGUCGGAGGGCUUCAGCUUCGUCAUGGACUGGAGCAUGCCGGCAGCCGCUGGGGCUGCAGGUGACACCAUGGGCAGUGAGGGUGGAGGGGACGCAGCCGAUGAGGAGCAGGGGUCGACGAGAGACUCCACAUUCAGCGCGGGGAGCGGUGGCGGCUAUGGGAAGAGGAAGAACAUGCGGCAACAAACCUUUGAGGCCGUCGCCGACGUCAUGGAAAAGCAUGGUGCGCUUAUGGCGAACACAAUGGACAGCGCGAGCAAGCGGCAAUGCUCGAUGAUGUCACGUCAGUGCGAAAUCCUGGAGAGCGAAGUGGAAGUGCAGAGGAAACAUUAUGCUGCGGCGAACGAGGCGAACAGAAUGAUGUGCCAAGCCCUUAUGGAGAUAGCGAGGAAUCGUCGUCGGGGCCCGUCCGUUUGCUCCACGCUUUCGGUGCAUCGACCCGUCGUCCACCAUAAAGGUCUUCCGCUUGCGCCGUCUCCUGCAUUAAAGGUCUGCACACACGGUGCACAGCGACGACAUCCAGGCAGGACGCCAUCUUCCUUCUCUCCUCGUCGUCGCAGCACAAAGGGACCACGAAGUCGCUCGUUUCUUCGCAGUCGUCGUCGGCUUGGUUGUCUUCGGCGUCGUCGUUUCUUCGCUGUGGAUCUUUUCGAUCUCCUUCUUGCCGCGGAACCCUCUUGCCGCGGAUCCGCAUCGCGCCUUCAGAGGUCCGCCGUCCAUCAGUCGCCAAGAUCUUCUUCUCGCCGCGGAGCGGUGUACGCUGCCUACGUCUCCUUCACGCGCGGGACUUCAUCGGUGUCGUCAUCGAUCGUCGCUCUGGAUCCCGUCGCUCUCCUUCUCGCCGUGGAUCCUUCUAGCCGCGGAUACGUAUCGCCCCUUCGGAGGUCCGUCGUCGCUUACUCGCGGAGUUCUUCAUCGGACCGCGGAGAAGUGUCUGCAUGGUUCAUAUCCUUCUCGCGUUCGCGUCGACGUGGACGUACUGUGCGUGGCGAGGGCGAGGACGAAUUGCUCCCCAGGGCGGCAAAGGCGCUUGUUCGUCGUGGACGCGAAGAAAGGCGUAGCCACAAACGGUCAUUGACGGAGGCGGGAGCCAACGAGGAAGAAGAUGACGACGUGUUUACGACGGAGGAGGAAGCAGCAGAGGAGAACGUGACGGCAACUCGGGGAAGCACUCUUCAACGGUCAGGUGAUCAGAGCGGUGCGAGAAGAUUAGCGACGCCCCCUCCGGAGGCACAACAAGUUCGUGCGCACAACACCCAGAAGGCGAAGGAGGUUGUCGUCGAUGUCGGCGGCGAGGACGACGAGCCGUUGGAGAGCCGUAGACAACGCAAUGUGACACAAGCCGCGGGGUCAUCAGGCAAUGUUGGUGUCGUGGCGAGGGCGAGAGAAGAGGUCCCAGUUGUGGAGCGGGAGGCGACGCGCAUCGACAACAAGGGUGAAAGGGAGGAUGAAGACCCCCUUCUAAGCCGGGUCCGGAGGGGAGGAUUGGCGAGAGAUGUGGCCGACCGUGCCCGCCUGUGGGUCGAUGACAAAGCAUUCUGGACGACGGGGGAGGGGCGAAGGCUGUACAACAUCGUCCACGAAACGCGGGAGUACUUUGUCACCAUCGCCAGCGGAAUGCAAACGCCCCCCUUGCCCAGGAGCGUCGUCAUGCCGAAAUCGUCGACGACCGUCACAAGGAUUGCGGAUCCCGCACAACUGCAGCGGGCGAUCGCCCGCGCGACGACAGCGGAGAAUAUCGCUCUGCGCGUCUUGCAUAGAUGGGUCUUCAAGUCUGAGAACCGUCCCCGAGGAUUCAAUGUCGCUUUCCAGUAUGCGUUGGAGUCGGUGGCGACGGACAUUGCGCGCAUCAUGUGGAACGGCGAGGAGUGGAGUAACGUCGUUAGCGCGCCCGUUUGCACGCACACAAUCGACCUGAACAUGGACAUGCCUUUGUGGUUCGCGGGCACAAACAUCGAAGACAGGCCGGAAGACGACGACAUGGCGGCGCACCAGGAGUCAACCGUGCGUUUCGCUCCGCGGUGCAAAUUGGUGGCAUCGUCGACGGUGGUUUCAUCUCGCACAAGCGUCUGUCUAGAAUAGCGGAUUGCUUCAGAUUGAUGUUGGCUGCUUGCAUGUGGUUGAUGCGCAUGGCGGGAGAUGAUGCGCGUAGCCACUACG